CCGCCGCCUCACCGUUCCGACCCGCGGAGCCGCAGCCCCGAAACGAUGGGUGCAGGCGCCUCCUGCCGCACCGCAGGGGCCGCCCAAGCCGCGGUUCGGAGGCAGCUGCCCAGAGCGCGGCCUGGGAUCGCGGAUCUUCGCGCGCCUUCAGCGGCCGGAGGGACGGAGGCCGGGAGGGGUCGUGCCGAAGUGCCGGUCGUCAUGGAAACCGUCAGACAUUAAUAAACCCAGAGGUUUUGGGAGGUUAACGCUGUUGUAGGGCCCAGUCUUCAAGAUGUGCGUGCUCCUGGAGCCCCUAAGGAACGGCCAGGGUGGUGGUUCGAGCGAGGCAGGCAGUGCUGUGGGCAAAAAGGCAGAAGAAGCUUCAAAUCUGUCAGAAUAUCCUCUCCUGUUGGUCUGUGUUUGCAGCUCUGUUCUAAGGAAGGAUCGGAAGUGCACUGUGCCAGCAGCAGCCCUGGGAAGCCACCUGUUACAUCCUGGUAUGAAUCUGCUUGUGUUUGAAGAUGCAAAGAGCAGGGAAGAGCUUAGAAGGCACAAAGACUGAUUUCACCUAAUACUCAGACUCAGACUCGGACUCGGACUCGACCUCGACCUCUGCCCGGCGGAUACCAGAAAUGGCGAAGUACACGAGAGGCACCGUGACAGCCUUCUCUCCUUUUGAUGCCAGAGCUGAUGCAGAAGCUCUUCGUAAGGCUAUGAAGGGAAUGGGGACUGAUGAAGAAACUAUUCUGAAGAUCCUUACCAGCAGAAACAAUUCUCAGCGUCAAGAAAUUGCAUCUGCCUUUAAAACCUUAUUUGGCAGGGAUCUUGUAGAUGAUCUGAAAUCUGAACUUACUGGCAAAUUUGAAACAUUGAUGGUAUCUUUGAUGAGACCAACAUAUAUUUUUGAUGCUCACGCACUGAAGCAUGCCAUCAAGGGAGCAGGAACCAAUGAGAAAGUGUUGACUGAAAUUCUGGCCUCCAGAACACCUGCAGAAAUGCGGCAUAUUAAACAGGUUUAUCUGCAAGAGUAUGAGGCCAACCUGGAGGAUAAGAUUACAGGAGAAACAUCAGGCUAUUUUCAGAGACUGCUGGUGGUCCUGCUCCAGGCAAAUAGAGAUCCUGAUGGCAGCGUCAACGAGAGUCUCGUUGAGCAGGAUGCUCAGGUUUUGUUUAGAGCUGGGGAGCUGAAAUGGGGAACAGAUGAAGAAAAGUUCAUCACCAUCUUGGGAACCCGAAGCGUUUCUCAUUUAAGGAGGGUGUUUGACAAAUACAUGACUAUUUCCGGCUUUCAAAUUGAAGAGACCAUUGACCGUGAAACGUCUGGUGAUUUGGAGAAGCUGCUCUUGGCAGUUGUGAAAUGCAUCCGAAGCGUACCUGCCUAUUUUGCUGAGACUCUCUAUUAUUCCAUGAAGGGGGCUGGCACUGAUGAUGAUACCCUGAUCAGAGUCAUGGUUUCGAGAAGUGAAAUUGAUCUGUUGGAUAUUAGACAAGAAUUGAGAAAGAAUUUUGCAAAAUCAUUGCAUCAAAUGAUUCAGAAAGAUACGUCUGGGGACUACAGGAAAGCGCUCCUGCUCCUUUGUGGUGGAGAUGAUGAGUAAUGGUGACAGGAACAUGAAGGAUUUGUUGUACUCCAGCUUUGCAGCCCUUCAGUUAGCAUGUUUAGCUACGUUUUUGUAUCUUAAUGCUUUGUGGCUGUUUGAAUUUAUACUAGUAUUGCACUUACUAAAAAUGAGUGUAUUGUUACCCAAGUGAUAGCUGAUCCCUCGUCCUCCUGACAUCCCAACUUCGAGGAAUUUCAAGUGCCUUCUGUGACAUGUGAGAGUCCUAUUCAUAGAAGAUGGGUGGUGAGCAAAGAACCGGGUUCUGUGCUCAACUGUUCUGCUGAAAUAGGAAAAAAAUAAUAAUCUAUUUCACUAACAAUUUGAAGAUUAUCUUUUUUGCUUUAAUUACUUACAUUUCCACUAAAUGUUAAGCUAGCUCUAACAUUGCAAAUGAAGAAAAGAUGUAUUUGUAUGUCAUAUUUGAAUGAAUUUGCUCAACAUAAUGCACACAAUCAUUGGAAAUCCAAAGGACCAAUAAAUUUUUUUCCCUCUGA